UUUGGGGUUUAUGUAAUUUUACCCUAAUAUUAUUGGUCAGUCCAUUGCCGACCAUGGAUACUGAAGUGGAUUAAAGCCCAAACUGGGCCCGUUUUCUCCAACUCCGGUGAGCUUUAGCAAGAAACAACAAUAACAACGCAAAGUUCCAUCUUUACUGUGAAAAAUAAAUGGCUUGAUGCAUUUCAUCGCACCGAGGACAGGACUUUAGAUACGAGAUUUCGAGUUAUAUAAGGCAGGCAUCAUUUAAGCUGAGGGUGCAUCGAAAACAGUCUCUCUACCUUUACGACGUCGAAAUAAGGUAUGCGUAUACUCUAUCCUCCACUUGUGAGAUCACACUGUGUUGUUGUUGUUCCUGAAAGGUGUUGGGAUUUUCCAUAGAUGUGAAAAUGUUACAAACCCAACAAGCAGCAACUGUUCUUGUAUCCAAAUUGUUGAAAACCCCACCACUCAAAGCUCUCACACUCUUCAAAUCCUCAACUGAACAAGGGUUUCAUCAAACUCACCAUUCUUUCUCUAUAAUACUAUACCGACUUCUCUCGUGCAACUCAAUCUCAGGUGCUCAAUCUCUAAUCUUGCAGUUGGUUUCUGGCAGAAUCACUUCACCCUAUUUCACAGUUUCUUCACUACUUCACCAUUUGACACAUACCGAUUUCUUGAAUUCUACUCCUUUAUAUGAAACUAUCAUCAAUGCUCAUGUUCAAGCUCAGUUAAUAGAAGAAGCUUUGAUCUUUUUCAAUCAAAUGAUUGACAAAGGACUUGAGCCUUCAUCGAAUACGUUUAAUAGUAUUCUUUCUUGUGUUAUAAAGAAUGGAUCUUUGGAAAAGGCGGUGUUGAUUUUCGAAGAAUCGAUAGGGAAGCAGUUCUUGGAUAUGUAUAGUUUUGGUAUUGUGAUAAAGGGUUGUUGUGAGUGUGGUGAUUUGAAUGGUGCUUUUGAGAUUUUAGAUAAAUUGAAACAAAUGGGGUGGCGCCCAAAUGUUGUUAUAUAUACUACUGUUAUUGAUGGGUGUUUUAAGUAUGGUGAUGUGGGAAGAGCAAAGGAGUUGUUUAGUAGGAUGGCGGAGGAUGGCAUUAUGCCUAAUCAGUAUACUUACUCUGUGUUACUUAAUGGUUUCUUUAGACACGGACUUAAAACUGAUGGAUUCGAGCUUUAUCAGAAGAUGAGGCUUGAUGGAGUGUUUCCUGAUAUAUACACUUAUAAUUCUCUUAUUAACGUGUAUUGCAGCGAUGGAAAAGUUUACAAAGCGUUUGAAUUAUUUGAUGAAAUGCAUCAUAAUGGGGUAGUGUACAAUGUUGUAACUUAUAACACUUUGAUUAGAGGGUUAUGUCGAGAGAAGAGAGUGUUGGAAGCUGAGAAAUUAGUGGAUCAAAUGAAGCAGGCGGGUUUGCAUCCUAAUCUGAUCACGUACAACACUCUAAUAGAUGGGUAUUGUAGUGCUGGAAAGUUUGAGAAAGGAUUAACGUUGUUCAAUCAGAUAAAGUCUUAUGGGUUAACACCUGCAUCAAUCACGUAUAAUACUUUAAUUGCGGGUUUCGCUAGAGCUGGAAAUCCAUCAAAGAUUGUUGACUUUGUUCGUGAGAUGGAGGAAAGAGGCAUAAUUCCUUCAAAAGUCACAUACACAAUUCUAAUUGAUGCAUUUGCGCGAUCCAGCGACAUGGAAAAAGCACUUGAGGUGUUCUCGCAUAUGCAUAAAGCUGGUUUGAGUGUAGACCUUUGUACAUAUGGUGCUUUGAUACAUGGGUGGUGUAGUCAAGGGAAUAUGAAGGAAGCAUCAAAAUUGUUCCUAUCAAUGUCUGAAUAUGAUCUACAGCCUAAUGAUGUAAUAUACAAUAUGAUGAUAUUUGGAUACUGUAAAGAGGGUAGUUCCUUUAGAGCCUUGAAACUGCUCAAAGAAAUGGUUGGAAAUGGAAUGAUUCCAAAUGGAGCAAGCUAUUGCUUGACGAUUGAAGUUCUUUGUAAUGAUGCGAAAUGGAAAGAGGCUGAACUUCUUGUCAAUGGCAUGGUGAAAUUUGGUCUAAAACCAUCGGCUUCAUCAUGUGAUCUGGUUAAAAAGGCAAAGAAUGUGACAACUUAAAGAUAUUAUGAAGGCGGUACCUGAAAUAUUUGCACGGAAUAAGCAUAUGAAAGAAGAAUCAACUUGAAAAUGAAUUAAGGCUAGAAUGCCUUUUCCUCAUCGCCAUGCCCUUGUUCUCAAGAUCAUGGUGACUACUUAAUCACAAGCUUACGCUGAUUCUUGAUAGAAAAGAAAUGAGGAAGCCUCUUUACAAGCUUAUGAAUGAUCUAAUAUUAUCCUUCCUGCAGAAGUUUCAUCAACAUUGGAGUUCGGUAACAGUUGCAUGCUACUUUUUUCAUCAUAUGAUACAGCAAAUAUAACUUGUUCAUCUGUGUAAUUCUGUCCUCACAUUGGGUUGAUGAUAUCAACUGUAAUGGCUUUUAGGAUCUAUUGUUGCCAUUAGUAGUGUUUUCUCUCUAACGAAAGAGCUGAAUGAAGUUGUUGGGAAUCCUCUUUGUGGGUAGGGUAUGAGGUGCUGGCUCACCAAAAUUUUUGACAGCUGAUGGAACAGCUGGUCCUAGUUCUUCAAUGUGUCAAUGCACCAUUCAUAUAUUUAUGUUAAAGGAGCAAUAAAUUUGCACUGAUCAUUACAUAUGCAAGAGAGUAGAGUCAAAAUAUCUGAUCAGAAUUCUAGAAUUCCUGCCUAUAAUCCACGAAAGUAUAUACUGUAUCUUAUUCGUUUACUGUAUUUCUCUUUUGUGAAUUUCUUCACAGAUUUCCUUCUGCCAGUUAAACAAUAUGCCAGGGCUAUUGUUGCUAUCACUAAUGAUAUUGUAAGCAUAAUCAUUCUAGAUUAAGUUCUUUUGCUGUGUGGAUAUUUCAUAGUGGAACGAGCAAGAGUUGUUUGAAGUUUUUUGUUGGUGAUAUGCAGUGGCGAAAUCUCCAGCAAGGUGCCGAUAUGAUUUGAAUGAUUUGAGAUUUAUGAUUUUCUUUGGUUUUGUGGCCUCUUCAACUGUUGUAUUUUGAUGUGCACCAAGUUGUUCCGCACUUUGGGAUGUGUAGAUUGCAUACACUACGCUAGUUCUUCUUCUCUCCCCCCCCCCCCCCCCCCCCCCGGUAUGCCUUUAAUAAGUCUACCUAAUUCUCAUAUGAUGACAUCUAUGAUUGUAAUCUUUUCUAGUAUGUAUUCUGGUAUCUUUAUGCCUGAAGAUAAUCAAUUUGAUUGUUGUGGUCGACUGUACGAUGAAUCUUUUACCACAUUCUCCGUAGGGCUCUCUUAUCACUCUGCCUAGAUUGACUAAACGCAGAAAACCUUUUAUUGGCAGGUGAUCGUGUUCUCUCACUGGAUUUUUUGUUACUCAUGUCAGCAUUCUCCCGAAAUUUCUUCGUGGUGGCUCCCUUACAUGCCUCAUUUAAGAGGGAGAAUCUCAAUUUCUAACCCUCACCAGCCCUCUGAUUCCAAAUUGCCUUGUAUCUGCAGUCUCAGCUCUUGAGCCAAUGGUGUAAGAAAGUCUAGAUAUUGGUGACUCCUCAUAUCAUUGUUUCUUUUUAUCUGUGUGUGUCUAGCAAAGCAUAGCUGGUCCCAAAUCCAUUAAAAUGAAGGGUCACUCAUGCAGGAGGGGGUGGGGGUGGGGGGUGGGGAUUGCAGUAUGUUGUUUAAUUCUUCUCAUGUAAACUGAAUGUCUUUGUAGAUAGAGGAAAAGAAAGCAAAAGGCAAGUAUUAUAGUUGUGGUGAGCGAGGUGGGAAUUACCUAAACUGCAAAACUUGAGUUGUGGGACAGUAAUACAAGUGCCAAUGCAAUAGGGGUGGGCAUGGUAUGGUACAGUAUGGUAUUUGAAACUUCGGUACAGUAAUUUCGGUAUUUGAUUUUUAAAAACAUUAUACCAUUAUCAUACCAUGUUAAUUCGAUAUGAUUCAGUAUUUUGACGUUUGGUUUUGA